UCUUCUCAAGAGAGAAUAAAUUCAGUUCCUCUAAUCUUUCCUCAUAGCUGAGCUCCUCUGUCAAGGUCCUACAUUUCCUCAGGGCUUGUGCUGCUCCAUGUGCUGGCAUCCAUCUUAGGUGUCUGCAAAGCAUUGUGGGAUCCUUUAUGCUUUCAGCCCUCUGUGGCUCCUCCCCCAGGAGGUGGCGGCUUAUCACAUAUAAGUCUGCUGUUUGUAGCUGUCCAUUGCAUUCUUGUCCUGUCUGUUGCACAGCAGCAAGCUCCUGUUUAGUUUCUCAUUGCUCUCCUGGAUACCGA